AUGCCGGACGAGGAGGCCAGAAAACAGGGCAUAAGCUGCUUGAAGAAUGUAACUUUUAAAAUCAUCAACGCAACACAACCGUCCAAGAUGUCGAACAGGCGUAACUCACUCUCCUGUAUUGACGUCUGCAACCACAAUUGCUCACCGUGUCAGGCGCCGCUGUAUUCACUGCCGCUAGAGGCAAAGAAGGUCUAUGAGGAAGAGCAACGAUUGCUUCUGAUGAGAGAUUGCCUCAGAGACAAUAUUCGCAGUGUACGCAAGUCAACGGUCGACGAAUGCUCCAAGAUUUUAGACACCAUCAUCUCUUACUGCGAGUGUCAAGCCAGCUGCAAGCCGGAACCACGAACUAGGAGGG